GAGAGAGAGAGAGAGCAUGCGUCAAAGAGAAGCGAUUAUAACGAGAAAAGAGAGGGAGAGGGAGGAAGGCAGAUUAAGCAGACUGAACGCGAGUGUUGUUUUAAUCCUCUGAGCGGAUAGAUUUAGAGGAAAAAAGCUCCUGGUUUGGAGAAGAGCAGCCAUAUUGCAUGGACCUUCGGUGGAAUAAUAACACGCCUCACCGGAGUUCAGCAGCCCGACUGACGCUACCCUCACCCCUUCCCGAUUCACUUGACUUUCUUCUAUUUAUUAUUUAUUUAUUUUAUUUUUAAGAUAGUGUUAACCAGCAGACUUGAAGAUGAAGGACCGACUGGAGCAACUAAAAGCGACAUGCGAUCAUGAUGAUGAGGAUGUUGAGAUCGCCGUGGACAACGCUGCCUUUAUGGAUGAGUUCUUCUCUCAGAUUGAAGACAUCAGGAACAGCAUUGAUAAGAUCGACGUGAAUGUGGCUGAAGUGAAGAAACUUUACUCGGUUAUUCUUUCUGCACCAACAUCAGACCAGAAAACGCAGGAUGAUUUGGAGGCGCUUACUAACGAUAUCAAGAAAAUGGCCAACAAUGCUCGUAACAAACUGAAGACUAUUGAAAUUGAUAUGGAUAUGGAGGUGGAGGAAAGAGUAUCGGCUGACAUGAGAAUACGCAAAUCACAGCACGCUGUACUUUCCAGGAAGUUUGUUGAUGUGAUGACCAAAUACAAUGAAGCUCAGGUUGACUUCAGAGAGAAAAGCAAAGGUCGCAUUCAGAGACAAUUAGAGAUCACUGGUAAAGCCACAACUGAUGAGGAGCUGGAGGAGAUGCUGGAGGGAGGAAACGCAGCUGUUUUCACAGCAGGGAUUGUGGAUUCAGGGAUCUCCAAACAAGCGCUGAGUGAGAUUGAAGCACGUCACAAAGACAUUGUGCGUCUGGAGAGCAGCAUAAAGGAGCUGCAUGACAUGUUUGUGGACAUCGCCAUGCUGGUGGAGAGCCAGGGCAACAUGGUUGAUAACAUUGAGGUGAAUGUAGGUAAAGCAGUCGAUCACGUUGAAGCGGCAAAGACUGAAACCAAGAAAGCAGUCAGGUAUCAGAGUAAAGCCCGGAAGAAAAUUAUUAUUAUAGUGUCUGUGGUUUUGGCAGUUUUGGCAGUUAUUGCUUUGAUAGUGGGUUUAUCCGUAGGUCUGAGAUAAAGGCUCUGAAAAGAUCAUACUGGUUGUGAUUGGUGUUGUGGUGCUCAUCAUCAUCAUCCUCAUCGUCGUCCUCACACAGGUUCUAAAAUAACCUCUGUGGCUGCUCACAAGCCCUCCAUUAUUACAGAUGAUCAUUUCCUCCACUCCUUUUCAUCCUCCCUGUUUUUCCUUGGAAGUACGUCAAGACGAAUGCCCCGCCCCCUGCACCUGUGGCCCCUCCCUUCAUCAGCACACACCAAUGGGAGACUACUCUGCUGGAACCCUAGUGAUAGUCAAGGAAACAGACUGUGUUUUUUUUUGUGAUGGGAAAUGUUUAAGGAACUUCUACUACAUUGAAGGAAGCACAUUUUAAAUACACGGACAAAUCCAUGAGCACAAAAUAAGGGAUUUUUAUAAGACUCACAAGGAGGAGGUAACUUCCAUUUUACGCCUUAAUGUUUUUAUUGUAUUGUGAGUUCAUUAGACACAUCAAUGUCUACAUCUACUGGACGAACUGCAGAAAUGUUCUUGAUCAAAAGGGUUCAGAGACUCCGAUGUGUAUUAGCUUCUGUUUUGGAUCCCUAUGAAAUGAACACAAUAAGCUAAGCUUUGAUGGGUCGUCCAGAAUGGAAGAGAUCCACAUGUGUAUGUUUUUAAUGUGAUGAACAUCUGUAUGGGAAUUAACCAAAGGAAUAAAUUACGUUAUAUAUUUUCUAA